UUUCUGUACUCGUUCUGUGAUCGAGGUUUUGAUCAGUCGCAUUCGAAAUUUCGAAUACAUAACAUCAUUCAACGGGAAUUUUCAGUUAGAUAUAAGCCGAGCACGUUUAUUUCUUACUGCAGGUAAUACAUAAGCGUAAACUUUUCGUUUAGACUGCUCCAAAUUGGUUGCCGUCAACUGCACGCAAGGAUUUAAGUUGCCACAAUGCCGAAUUCAGUUGGCUCGGUAAGCUCAACUUCCAAUGCAGAAGCUGCGGUGGUCAUUGAUUGGGAUGAAUGGCUGCGGAUGGAUCCUGAAAGGAGCUGGAAGCAGGCUGCCGCCGAACUCAGCGAUAUGGACAAUCUCAUUUCCAGAACCUCAGCCAAGCUGGUCGUCAUGCAAGGAAAAGUUGCGGAGUCUUUGAAAAUGGAACGGAAAACUCACCUGGAAGAACAUGCCAUUGACGUGGAACUGGAGAAACUGGAAGCGCUGACGACAGAAGGAGCUGAUAAAGCCGCUUCCGAAAGCAACUCUUCUGCAGUUGAGACGUGAACUGUUUACGUUAGCUGCAGCAUCUCUUUUCUGGUGAUUUUUGCAAUGUUUUACUUGCCGCUGGUUUUAUAGUUUUUGUGAGGAUUCUUUGAUUUUUCAUUGUAAUUGUUUAGUAAUUUUUCGGGCAUUUUUUUGUAUGUUUUACUGGCCAGUGUCCAUCGCGCGCAUUCUCUUUUCAUCUUUGAUCAGUCCAGCAGAUAGGUGUUCCCAUGAUUCUGUUGUUCUGUUAGAAGCAGCCGAAGGCUGGCAGUUUUGGUCUUUCUCUGAGAGAUUUUUACCGAUAAAGAAUAGUGU